AAUUAUGUUGCUGAUAUUUUUGGCCCCCAAAAUAUGUCAGCUUCCAACUGUCCUUAUUCUCCUCCAGAAAACCUUUACUACAGGAACAGAAACGGGGGGGGGGGAAACAACAACAAUACAAAUAAUGUCAUGCCAGGAUAACAUGGCUGCGGGUCAUUUCCUUAUGGAUUCUUUGAUGGGAGGAUCAUCUUCCUAUAGAGGCGAAGGCUACUCCAACAGCAACCAUGGAAUGUACAUCCACCCGGCUGCAUCUGAGUAUGGAUGCUCAAUGAUGAGACAUUUUGGAGUAGUUGGAUCGAAAAAAGACGAGGUUCCUCUGAGCAGCCACCCUCUCGGCUCCUACCAAGAUGCGCCUUACCUGUCAUCCCAACUGGGCACAUGGACUUCGGCUUCCAAAACUAACAGGAACGAGCAACCUGUUGCCCAGUCCAGUUUACAACCGUGUUCGUUUCCAACCGACAACGUCAAAGAGGAGGCGUUCUGUUGUCUCUAUCAGGGUGACAGUAGCAGCAGGGCUAAUAAGGACGCUACAGAGUCGGCUACUUACAUCCGGCUUGGGAACAAUAGUAGCAGCCAGACCGACCAAACCACUGUCUCGGCGACGUCCGAAUGUUAUGGAGGAGAGAAACAGGUAUACCCCAGAGGGAGCAGGGGACAGCGAAAAGAGCAGGUCGGGACAGGCUUUGCUUCUUUGGACCAGGUGACGACAUCUGUUGAAUCACCCAGAGAAUCAACGGUUAAAAUGAGCAAAUCUACCCAGGAGACAGUCAGCGAGGAAAUGCGCAACGAAAAGGCAAAACAGGGAAAGAGCAUGAAAGAGGAAAGCGCAAAGACUGACAGUUGUUCUGAUAACUCCGACAGCGAAUUGAAAGAUGAUUUUACACUGGAUAAUGCUCCAGGAAACUGGUUAAAAGCCACAAGUGGACGGAAGAAGAGAUGCCCGUACACAAAGCACCAGACGCUCGAGCUGGAAAAGGAAUUUUUGUAUAACAUGUACCUGUCCCGCGAGCGCCGCCUGGAGAUCAGUAAGAGUAUCGAUCUGACCGAUAGACAAGUCAAGAUCUGGUUCCAGAACCGAAGGAUGAAACUCAAGAAACUCAAUAAGGAAUGUCGUGGACGGGAUCAUAUGGCAGUCCACAACUUCACUUAAAAUUAU